CUUCGAUUAGUUCUUUUUUGUUUUGUUUUUGUUAUUGCAGUGUGGGUUUUGUGUAGAUUGUUGCUCUGUUUUAUCGAACAUUUGUGUAAUAUGCUUAAAUUAUAUUCCAGUCAAGGGUUUCUCUGAUUCAAGAAGUAGGUGAUAGCUGUGAUUUUAUACAUUUUUUCUAAUCUGCAUUUCUUCUGGCAAUGAAGGUCACCGUUAGAGCCUCUUCCUCUCUUUGUACCAAGUUCUCCUUUGCUCUAUCAAUGGAGGAGCCUCUUCUAUUCUGAGAAAUACCUCAAACCCACCAGCUGUUUCACUCAUUCUCAGUUAAAGCCAAAAUCUUUCAGGGUUGCUUGAGGAAGUACUAGCUAUAUUGUUUGUGGGCAUUCUUGCUUGGCCAUAUCAAGCAAUCUGACCUCCUCCCAAGAUAGUGCUAAGCAUAAACUUGUCUUUGUCCCUGGAUUUGAUCGUCGCAAGCAUGACACAUUAGCCAAACACCUGUCUUCGCUGCCUCUACUCCUCUCUUCAGAGCUAAAUAAUACACGCCUAAAGGAAUCAAACUAAGGUAUUGAUUAUAUUCUUUAGGUUGGGGAUCGAAUUGGCAAGGAGCAUUGCAAAGGUAAUUUGCAAGAGCAAUUUCAACUUGAAAAAUGAGUACAUUACGAAGAUCUCCGAAAAAACACCUUCGUCCAGGUGCUUUAUGCAAUCUUGUGGCCAAAAAGUGAAAAGCAUCAUUGAAGACUCAAGCUGAUUGUGACGAUAUGUUGCUUGGAAUCCCUGUUUUAAAGAAAAAGAGUGCUCUUCGUAGGUUUUCUGCAUCUGUUAGAGUUGUAAUUGAUUCACCACCUGCUCUUAGUACUAGAGCAGCAACUCGUUGUAUGAUCUAUGAUACAGAGCUAGAUCCAAAUGAUGAUGUGGAAGACAUGGAGAUGUCACUUGGAAGUUCAAAAACUAAACGAUCUCUUAAUUGUGAAGAAGAUAAGGUAGUUGAUAGUGUUUUUGAAAAGGGAGUAAGGGAGGAACAUGAAGAGAUAGCUGAUGAGGAAAGGGUUGGUGUAGAAUUUGAAGGGGCUGUUGCACAAUGUGAAGAAAUGCCUGAUGCAGAAUGUGCAGAAGUGGCUGAGAUAGAACUUGAACAACCUCUUAGAAAAUCUGUUAGAUUACAAAAAAUAACUGAUGAGGCAAAUCAAACUGAGAUUGAAGAAAUACCUCAAGAUGUAGAUGCGAAUGUAAUGAACUUAGCCAAGAAGACAAGGGGGAAAACUCUAUUGGCAAAUCUUACCAAGAGGAACAAUGACUUAAGGAUAAUAAAUUAGAAUGAAAAAGGGAAACCAGUUGGUACUAACUCAGUGCAAUUUUCUUCUUUUGUGGGCGCUCUUGUGCGAGAGGUUGUUCCUUACACUAUUUCAGAUUGGAGAAAAGUUUCACCAAUGAUGAGAGAUGUUCUUUGGGCAUCUAUUCAGGCACAAUAUGACUUACAUGAUGAUUGGCAAAAAAAGAUGUGCUUUGAAAUGAUGGCAGAACUAUGGAGAGCUGGGAAAUCUAGACUUGUAAAGGAUAUUAUCAAUGCAAAAAAUGAGAGUGAACGACUAGCCUUAAAGCUGGAUUGCAUAAAAAGUGAUGUAGAAUGGAGAGCAUUUGUUGCCAAAAAAAUUAGUAAAGAACAUUUGGAUAUAAGGGCCAAAUGCCAAGAGAGAAGAAAGAAAGUUGUUCCACACACCUUAAGUCGAAGAGGAUAUGCUCAAACAAUUGAUGAUAUGAAGAAAGAAAAUGAGGAUGGUAAAAUAUCUAGAAUCGAUGCUUUUCGGAGAGCCCAUACCAAGAAGAAUGGUGAACCUGUAAACCCAACGACAUCUGAUAUUUUUUUGAGUAUUAGUCAUUUAAUUUUUGUGAAUUUUUACUUAUUUUCCAUAAUGCAUACAUUAGUUCUACUAAUUUAUAUGCCGGGUUCAUUGAAUGAGAUUCUCCUUGAAGACCCAAAAUCUGGAACUACAGACAACGCUGAUGAGGAUGCCUUGACAAAAUUGUUUGGUAACCCAAAAUCUGGUCGUUUAAUCGGACAAGGAAGAGGCGUAGCAAGGUCAAAACUAACUGUUGUUAAUAUGUGUAAUAGCAAGAUCUCCAAGUUAGAAGAAGAGCAACAUAAUAUGAAGCUCGAAAUGACUGAAAUGAUGAAUCUACUUAAAGAACACUUGGUGGUUGGUGGUAAAGUGACACCAAGCGAAGGACAGUCUCGCAAUGUACCGCAGUCAAACAAUAUUCAGUCCCCUAAGAGUAUUGCACUAGAAAAAAUACAUAACUUUACAGAAGGGAAGAAUGCUUGCUAAUUGCUUGACUGGGCAGAUGCAAUUGUUGCUGAAGGUCGUUAGGAUUCUAGUGAUCCAAAGAUAACUGUACAUGGAAAGCCUCUUGGACCAGACUUUAUGCGAGUAUGGGUUGAUGUUGCUAUUGUACCAGAAUCUUACUUAUUUCAUCCUAAUCAUGUGCGAUGCUUACAAUACAAGAAGCAGUUGGUUCCACAGUUGCAUGGCCUUCUAAAAAAGUUAUUCCAAGAGAUAUGACAAGCGAAGUAUAAAAGGAUACUUAAGACUCCUUGAAAGUAGUAACUUUGUUUAUUUCUUAGUUGAAAGUAGUAACUUUUAGACUCCUUGAAUACUUAAAGAAUAUUUUGUUGUUGAUGAAAGUGUUGAAUGUUUUAGACUAAAUUAUGGAUUGUUAAUUAAAUGUAGAAUUUUCUUA